AUGGAAAUUUGUUAAAUAGGUUAUAAUUGCAACAAAAAUUAAAAACCGGUUCAUUUUAUCAAUUUAACCGUAUUUUUAUAUAAUUAUAUUAAUAAUUUAAUUAGAAUAAAUUAAAUUUUGUUACCUUAUUAAAGAAUCAAGGAAUAAUAACUGUUACAAGUGUAUACAAUCAGCAAAUAUGAUUUCUAGUAAACUUAUUCGAUAUAUUCAUACAAAUAGUUUUUUGUGGCAAGCUUCGAAUAAAUCACUUCUUGCUAAAUUGCGUAAGAAAACAGGAUACACGUUUUCUAAUUGUAAGAAGGCUUUGGAGUUGCAUCAAAAUGAUUUAGAGAAGGCUGAAGUAUGGUUAAAAGAACAAGCGCAAAGUCUUGGUUGGGCAAAAGCGGAGAAACUUCAAGGAAGAAGUACAUCACAGGGACUUAUUGCAGUUAUUGUUAAUCAAUGUAAUGGAGCACUUAUUGAAUUAAAUUGCGAGACUGAUUUCGUUGCACGAAAUAAACAUUUUCAAGGACUUGCUGAUACAGUAGCAACAGCUGUUUUAAAUCAUUCUUUAACUCUACCAAAUGACGGUGGAAUUUCAAAAAUCAUUUUGGACAGCGAAUCAUUAAAGCAAAUACCAACACACGAUGGUAAAACAAUUGCUGAUCAUUCGGCAUUGACAAUUGGCACUGUUGGCGAGAAUAUUGGCAUUAAAAGGGCCCUGUGCAUGAGCGUUGGCUCCGAUAUCAAUUUAAUUGGAUGCACUCAUCCAACACCAAUUAAUCCAUUGCCAGUUUCUUUCGGUAAAUACGGUUCCUUAGUGGCUUACAAAACUCCAGAGCCUAACGAACAACUUGGAAUUCAACUCUGUCAACAUAUUAUCGGCAUGAAUCCAACGAAAAUUGGCGAUCCAAAUGUGGACACUCCGAGUAAAAAUUCAGAUGAUGAAAAUGUGAUGCUCUAUCAGGAAUUUUUAUUUGAACCAAGUUUAACAAUUCGUGAUGUGUUGGUCAAUUCACAAGCGGAAGUUUUAGAAUUUGCACGAUUCGAAAUGGGAGAAGCCAUUGACGAGAAAGAAGAUUUGAAAGAAGCGCAAACUUGUGGAUAAAAGAAAGGGACAAUUUCUAAACGAGAAUUUGGUAAAUACUAUUUUUUUCGACAAAAAAAAAAGAAAAUUAACUUUUGCAUUAGAACAUUAAGAAGUAGAAAGUAAAAUAAUUUACCAACUUUCUGAAUUUGCAUUUUACAACAAGUAAUGAAUUCAAAUGUAUCUUUUGCAUAUUUUUAUUUAAAAUGUAUUUUAAUUUUACACAUUUAUUUAUUAAUUAUAUUCUCGAGUAUAAAAUAGAUACAUUUAUUUUUAAAAAGUCAAUUUUUUCUUAGAGUACAUAAAUAUUAAGAAUUGUUAUACGUUCCAAAGUUUAGAGAAUAAAAGACGAAAAUUCAGAUAGAAAAA